AUGCGAAAAAUAAGAAUAGCAUUAGUUUUGUUAGACUGGAUUCGCUCAAAAGAUCCAUUAACAAAUUUAGGACACGCAUCUAUACUUUCUACUUUACAAAAAUACAAUUCACAUCGAGUAAUAUUUUUAAAUAAUCAUCGAUAUUCCGUUAAAAAUUGUUUAGAUGUAGAUGGAUUUAGUGAAAAUGUCGUAAAAAAUUUAGUAGUUGAUGAACCAGAUUUAAUUUUAAAAAAAUUUAGAAAGAGAAUGAAGCAGGUAGAUCAUGUAUCAAUUGGGUUUGCUGGAAAAGGAAGUGGGAAAGGUAAGAUAAUGAUUGAUUAUCUUCGUAAACCAUUAAUUUUAUUAGGAGGUCCUCAGAUUUCUUAUGCGCCAAUUAAUACGCUAGAGAAUUAUUAUCCAGAUGCUGACUUAUUUAUUCGUGAAUAUGCCAAAAAAGCAUUUUCUCAGGUUGUAGAAACACUUUUAACUCCCAACACGUUAGAAGAAGUCAGAUUACAAGCCACUGUAGAUAUGACUUCUCUUCUGUCUCCUUUCUUACCUAUAGAACCUUUAGAGAAUAAUUCUAACUCUCAAAGUAAUUUAGUGAAUUCUCCCGUUAUUUCUUUAAAUAAUCGAUCAUUUAUAAGAUGGGAAACCCAACGUGAAUGUCCAUUCAAAUCGAUAACAGCAUCAUCUGUGAAUGACAUAGCGGUUCUCGAUCCCACAUUUAAUUCCAGUCCAAAUUAUUUAUCAACAUUAGAUAAUUUAAUAAAAUAUAAAUACAAAGGAAAAUUAUCUUUACAAACUCGAUUUGAAAUUAUUAAACCACAAUUUAUAGAAAAAUGUUCAGUGCUCGUUAAUGAAAUAAAUACAAAUAUUCAAUUAGAAUUCGGUGUGCAAAGUAUAAUUAAACAAGAAUCAUUAAUUAUUCAACGAAUGAAUAAUUUAAAAUCAACUAUUGAGAGUUUUAAAGAAAGUAUUAAAUUUGUUAAAGAGUUGGGCGCUGAGAGAGUUGUUGCAUGGCCUUUAAUGUUACUGAGAGGUACUGAAUUGGAGAAAAGAAAAGAUGAAUUGGGAUUGAGAGAAGAAGUUUUGAGUAGUGUGAAUUUGGAUAGUGAAUUACCUAAAGAAUGA